GGGUAUAUAUCCGAAUAAAAGAGACCUUUGAAGUAUAGGAUCUACAACUUUACUUCACAUCCUCAAUGACAGUAUAAGAUCUACAACUUAGCUCAGACACACACACACACACAGACAAGAUAAGCUCCAAAACCUUCUUUCCUGUGAACUGGAACUGGAAAUAUGGUGGUGAAGGUGUAUGGUCCCACCUAUGCUGCUCCAAAAGGGGUGGUUAUGUGUCUGAUUGAGAAAGAAAUUGAGUUUGAAUCAGUGCCCGUUGACCUCUCCAAAGGGGAAAACAAGACACCUGAGUUCCUCAAGAUUCAGCCUUUUGGAAAGAUUCCUGUAAUUCAAGAUGGUGAUUAUACACUCUAUGAAUCUAGAGCAAUAAAUAGAUACUUGGCAGAGAAGUAUAAAAACCAAGGGACAGAGUUGUUGGGGAAGACAAUAGAAGAAAGGGGUCUUGUGGAGCAAUGGCUUGAAGUAGAAGCACAAAACUUUCAUCCACCACUCCACAAGCUAGUUCUCCAUGUUCUGUUUGCUCCAAUAAGGGGUUUUCCAUCAGACCCAAAAGUGAUUGAAGAGAGUGAGGUAAAGCUUUUGAAGGUGCUUGAUAUAUAUGAGGAGAGAUUGUCAAAGAGCAAGUACUUGGCUGGAGAUUUCUUCAGCCUUGCUGAUCUGAGUCAUCUUCCAUUUGGUUAUUAUUUGGUGAACCAAACUGGGAGAGAGAAUUUGGUGAGGGAGAGAAAGCAUGUGAGUGCUUGGUGGGAUGAUAUUAGCACCAGGCCUUCUUGGCAAAAGGUGCUCCAGCUUUACAAAUACCCUGUCUAGCUGCUUAGAGCAAGCUUGGAAACCAGUAUUAGUGUAUCGGGAUGUGUUAUUUUUCAUUUUCAUACUUACCAAUCGGUAUCGAAACAAACUCUAAAUUUUUCCAAUGAUCACAUUUCCAACAACCACCUCAAUAAGAGAUAUGGUUUGAGGGAAAUGCCUUUAGUGUUUUUCACAAUAAAUGAUGCAUAACCAUAGUUUACUUUCUAA